CAUGAGUUUGAGUCACCCCUCCCAAGCAAAGGGACCCCGCAAUAUCAGAGUCACUAGCGUGGCAAGUCACAGAGUUGUUCCCAGCACGCCAAUUGCAUCGCAUCAAACUUCCUUUUCGCAAGGCAUUGACAGACAACAACAGCCAUGGCGUCACUCAGCAAAGAGGAGAGGCUUGCUCUCAUCAAAGAGAACUUGGAAGAACAUCUCAACAUUGAGAUUAUCGAGGAUAUCUUGGCACAAGGUCGAGACCCAAAGAUAUACUGGGGAACCGCCACAACUGGUCGUCCACACAUUGGUUACUUCGUACCUGCUCUGAAGAUUGCCCAGUUCCUCGCGGCAGGAUGCGAAUUGACGAUCCUCCUUGCCGACAUCCACGGCUUUCUCGACAACCUCAAGGCUCCGAUCGAGAUCGUCCAGUAUCGAGCCCAGUACUACCAGCAUGUCAUCAAGUCCAUCCUCAAGGCUGUUGGCGUGCCAACUGAGAAGCUGCGCUUCAUCCUCGGCAGCGAGUUUCAGAAGGGACCGGACUACAUCAUGGAUAUCUACAAAUUGACAUCCCUAACGUCGGAGCACGACGCUCGAAAGGCUGGUGCUGAGGUGGUCAAGCAGACGGACAAUGCACCACUGAGCGGACUGCUUUACCCCCUGCUGCAGGCUCUGGAUGAGGAGUACCUUGGCUGCGAUGCGCAGUUCGGUGGUACUGACCAGCGCAAGAUUUUUACGCUGGCCAAGGACGUCUUGCCCAAGAUUGGCUACAAACAAAGAGCACACCUGAUGAACCCCAUGAUUCCAGGCUUGCAAGGGGCUAAGAUGAGCUCCAGCGAACCUGACAGCAAAAUCGAUCUCCUCGACAGCGCUGAGGCUGUGGCGAAGAAGCUACGAAAAGCCGAGGCUGUGCCAAAGGUGCCGGAUGGUAAUGGCAUAAUAGCCUUUAUCGAAUAUGUUUUACUCCCUGCCUCCAAGCUCAAGACAGGGCGACAAGAGUUCCACGUUGAGCGUGAGCGUGAUGGUCUAGAACCUCUUGUGUACAACGACAUCGCAAAACUCCGAGAAGAUUACAAGAACGACGUGCUCACCCCGCAGCUUCUGAAGCCGGCAACUACCAAGGCGCUCCUUGAGCUCUUGACACCCAUACAGGCUGAGUUUGAGGCCUCUAAGGAGUGGCAGGAAGUUACUGAGAAAGCCUACCCGCCAGAGGAAAAGAAGAAGAAGGAGAAGAAGGUCAAAAAUAAGGGCACGCGACACCCUGGCGCUGCAGGGAAUGCUCCUGCAGAGACCUUGCCGGAAAGACCCAAAGAAACAAUGGCAUGAAGGAUGGUAUGACAAAAAAGUAAAAAGAGAAAUUAUCCACAGUAGAGUACUGUUAUAAAGCAAGCGGGUUCUGUACAUGCAUCCGGCUGAUUAUGUUGGCUGUUCGCAUUUUGAGCUGAACUUUCCGGCCCUUCACGUGUACCCGUUGCAUCUUAUUCGUCGUGCGCCUUUGAACAAACCCCACUAUUGAUCAGGACGAAAGGGCAAGACUCA